AGGAAGCUUUUAUAGGACUUACCCGUCUGAGAUUCAUAGAGACUUGGAAAUGUCUUUCCUCUCAGUGUAGGUGUUUUUCAGAGGACCGGUUAUCAGAUUUUCUUGUCAUUUGUGGCUGAAGAGGGGGUACCCACUGCCGUAUUUUGUGUUUUUCUAUCUGUUCAUGAUGAGUGUAAGAGGGCUCCCCGCAGUGCCAUUCCACACGUGCUGCCUCUGAUUUCAGAUGUUUUUGGAUUCUUCUGUGGGAUCAGAAGGCACGCCUAUUGUAAUCAGAAAACUCCAAGUAUAGCAGCAGGGAUGGAUGAACAGGCUCUUUUAGGACUAAAUCCAAAUGCUGAUUCAGACUUUAGACAAAGGGCCCUGGCCUAUUUCGAGCAGUUGAAGAUUUCCCCAGAUGCCUGGCAGGUGUGUGCAGAAGCUCUAGCCCAGAGGACAUACAGUGAUGAUCACAUAAAGUUUUUCUGCUUUCAAGUACUAGAACAUCAAGUUAAAUACAAAUACUCAGAACUAACCACUGUUCAACAACAGCUAAUUAGGGAGACGCUCAUAUCUUGGCUUCAAGCUCAGAUGCUGAAUCCCCAGCCAGAGAAGACCUUUAUACGAAACAAAGCAGCCCAAGUCUUCGCCUUGCUUUUUGUUACAGAAUAUCUCACUAAAUGGCCCAAGUUUUUUUUUGACAUUCUCUCAGUAGUGGACCUGAAUCCAAGGGGGGUAGAUCUGUACCUCCGAAUUCUCAUGGCUAUUGAUUCAGAGUUAGUGGAUCGUGAUGUGGUGCAUACGUCAGAGGAAGCUCGUAGGAAUACUCUAAUAAAAGAUACCAUGAGGGAACAGUGCAUUCCAAAUCUGGUGGAAUCCUGGUACCAAAUCUUACAAAAUUAUCAAUAUACUAAUUCAGAAGUGACAUGUCAGUGCCUUGAAGUAGUUGGGGCUUAUGUCUCUUGGAUAGACUUAUCCCUUAUAGCCAAUGAUAGGUUUAUAAAUAUGCUGCUAGGUCAUAUGUCAAUAGAAGUUCUACGAGAAGAAGCAUGUGACUGUUUAUUUGAAAUUGUAAAUAAAGGAAUGGACCCUGUUGAUAAAAUGAAACUAGUAGAAUCUUUGUGUCAAGUAUUACAGUCUGCUGGGUUUUUCAGCAUUGACCAGGAAGAAGAUGUUGACUUCCUGGCUAGGUUUUCUAAGCUGGUAAAUGGAAUGGGACAGUCUUUGAUAGUUAGCUGGACUAAAUUAAUUAAGAGUGGGGAUAUCAAGAAUGCUCAAGAGGCACUACAAGCUAUCGAAACAAAAGUGGCGCUGAUGUUACAGCUACUGAUUCAUGAGGAUGAUGACAUCUCCUCUAACAUUAUCGGGUUCUGUUACGAUUAUCUUCAUAUUUUGAAACAGCUUACAGUGCUCUCUGAUCAACAAAAAGCUAAUGUAGAGGCAAUCAUGUUGGCCGUUAUGAAAAAAUUGACUUACGAUGAAGAAUAUAAUUUUGAAAAUGAGGGAGAAGAUGAAGCCAUGUUUGUAGAGUAUAGAAAACAACUGAAGCUGUUAUUGGAUAGACUUGCUCAAGUUUCACCAGAGUUGUUAUUGGCUUCUGUUCGCAGAGUUUUUAGUUCCACACUGCAGAACUGGCAGACUACACGGUUUAUGGAAGUCGAAGUAGCAAUAAGAUUGCUGUAUAUGUUGGCAGAAGCUCUUCCAGUAUCUCAUGGUGCUCACUUCUCAGGUGACGUUUCAAAAGCUAGUGCUUUGCAGGAUAUGAUGCGAACUUUGGUCACAUCAGGAGUCAGUUCCUAUCAGCAUACAUCUGUGACAUUGGAGUUCUUCGAAACUGUUGUUAGAUAUGAAAAGUUUUUCACUGUUGAACCUCAACACAUUCCAUGUGUACUAAUGGCUUUCUUAGAUCACAGGGGUCUGCGUCACUCCAGUGCAAAAGUACGGAGCAGAACCGCUUACUUGUUUUCUAGAUUUGUCAAAUCUCUAAAUAAACAAAUGAAUCCUUUCAUUGAGGACAUUUUGAAUAGAAUACAAGAUUUACUAGAGCUUUCUCCUCCUGAGAAUGGUUACCAGUCCUUAUUGAGCAGUGAUGACCAACUGUUUAUUUAUGAGACAGCUGGAGUGCUGAUUGUGAAUAGUGAAUACCCAGCAGAAAGGAAGCAGGCAUUAAUGAGGAAUCUGUUGACUCCACUGAUGGAGAAGUUUAAAAUUCUGUUGGAAAAACUGAUGUUGGCCCAAGACGAAGAAAGGCAGGCAUCUCUAGCAGACUGUCUCAACCAUGCUGUUGGAUUUGCCAGUCGAACCAGCAAAGCUUUCAGCAACAAGCAGACUGUGAAACAAUGCGGCUGUUCUGAAGUUUAUCUGGACUGUUUACAGACGUUCUUGCCAGCCCUCAGUUGUCCUUUGCAAAAGGAUAUUCUCAGAAGUGGAGUUCGCACGUUCCUGCAUCGAAUGAUUAUUUGCCUAGAGGAGGAAGUUCUUCCAUUCAUCCCAUCUGCCUCAGAACACAUGCUCAAAGAUUGUGAAGCAAAAGACCUUCAGGAGUUCAUUCCCCUUAUCAACCAGAUUACAGCCAAAUUUAAGAUACAGGUAUCCCCAUUUUUACAACAGAUGUUUAUGCCCCUGCUUCGUGCAAUUUUUGAAGUGCUGCUUCGACCAGCGGAAGAAAAUGACCAGUCUGCUGCUUUAGAGAAGCAGAUGUUGCGGAGGAGUUACUUUGCUUUUCUGCAAACAGUCACAGGCAGUGGAAUGAGCGAAGUUAUAGCAAAUCAAGGUGCAGAGAAUGUAGAACGAGUACUCGUUACUGUUAUCCAAGGAGCAGUUGAAUAUCCAGAUCCAAUUGCACAGAAAACAUGCUUCAUCAUCCUCUCAAAGCUGGUGGAACUCUGGGGAGGUAAAGAUGGACCUGUGGGAUUUGCUGAUUUUGUUUACAAGCACAUUGUCCCUGCAUGUUUCCUAGCACCUUUAAAACAAACCUUUGACCUGGCAGAUGCACAAACAGUAUUGGCUUUAUCUGAGUGUGCAGUGACACUGAAAACAAUUCAUCUCAAACGGGGCCCAGAAUGCGUUCAGUAUCUUCAACAGGAAUACCUGCCCUCCUUGCAAGUAGCUCCAGAAAUAAUCCAGGAGUUUUGUCAAGCGCUUCAGCAGCCUGAUGCUAAAGUUUUUAAAAACUACUUAAAGGUGUUCUUCCAGAGAGCAAAGCCCUAAGGACUGGAUCUCCUUGUGCCUACUUCAUGAUCAAAGAAUUCCAGUUAAUAAUUUAUAAGGAAGUAAUUUUUGUGUGCCACUCACACUGGUCUUUUUAACAUUGUUUUGAGCUUACUGCAAUAUAUGUAUUGCGAUUUUUCUGUCAAAUGGGUGUAAUCUUCCCUCAGUACAGGUAUGUGACAACAAGAAAAGUUGCUUGCAUGCCUGCUUAAUUAUUCUAAAUAAAAAAUGCUGUUAAAAGACACAGCAGACUUAUCCUAGUACGUUAUUUUUUUUUUUAAUUUGAAACUAUAAGUACUUUGUGAAAACCAUAGCAGUGGGAAAACUACUUAUUUUUAAUUGCUGAAUAUACAGUGUUGAAAAUUUUCAUUUUUUUAACAUGUAGACACAUAAAGUAUGGGGUGAAUACAACAAUCAAAAGUAAUUUUUUGUAGAUAGCCAUUACAUUUCUUUAAACUGUUUCAAUGCCAAUGUGUGUUUGACAAAAGAGAAAGGUUUCAUAAAUUAAUUGGUUUAAGAGUAGGUGCCAUUGUUACACAUUUUUUAUUAAAAAAAAUAAAUUUUAUGUAGUGAAAUCUACCAAGUCUUUUCUGUAAUUAUUAUAAAUAUGUUUGCCUUGUUUUCUCAUUAAAUUUCUCCCUCAUUUCCCAGUUAGAUGUGUGCAAAUAAGAGUGUAUGGAUUUGCUUUGUUUCAUUUAAUUAUGCUACUAAAAAGUUACAUGCAACCUAGUUCUAUUAAAUAAGAGGUCUUAAAAAUGUACUAGCAAAAGUCUAUGUGAAUUUGUUGAUAGAGUUUAAAAAAACCCACAAUUUCCCCCCUUUUAUCGAUGUAUUUAGAAUACAAUAUGCCUAUGUGUUAUGAAACUUAUAAAUAGCUGACCGUUUAAUUACUAGAAGUAUUUUCCCCUGCUUUCCUUCAUUUUAUUCAAGGCUGCUCGAGAAGGCAAGAGGAAAAGUAAUAGUACCAGCAGUAUUGGAAAGAGAAUUCAGAGAGGAGAAACAGCUGGGCAGCAGAGUUAUAGACAUUCGAGCUUAAAUUCCAAAAGCCCAAGGAAGAUUUUCAGGGACGGUUGUUUUUGUUUGUUUCUUUCUUUCUUUGUUUUCCCUAAACCUCUGGCCCAUGUGUCCCUUAUGAAUUUCAUGGAUGGGACUUCAGUGACCUAUAAGCUCUCAAAAAUUGUAUUAUAAAUUGUGCACGUGAAUAUUUCUGGGUUUAAUUCCAGAAGAGAUUUUAAACAUAGCCUUACAUCAUGGAAAUAAAAGUACCUAAACUAAGUUGACAGUUAAUUGUAAAAAAUAGAUGACUGGAAUGAAUAUUCUACUUAAAUAAACAUGUUUCUAAAAACAGUGAAAGCUGGAUGUUUCUUUAACAAGUUACCCUGUACUAUGAGAGAAUUGCAUCUAUUGCAAUAGUAGAAAUUAUUCAAAGUACAAUACAAUUCUGAGGAGCAUAGUAUCGUAUAGUGGUAGGAGCUUAGCCAGCACAGGCUCCAGACCCAGAUUACAUAGUUUUAAAUGCCAGUUCUGCCAAUAACUGGUUUUAGAACUUCGGGUGAGUUAAAUAACUACUUCUUGCCUCAGUUUCCCCAUCUGUAAAACGGGGGAAAUAAUGGUAGCUACCUCAUAACUCAUUAAGAUUUCAAUGAGUUAAACAUGAAGAGCUUAUUACAGUAGCUGGCACGUAGAGACUUGAUAUCUAGUCUGUGUUACUGUACAUUCAUUGCAUAUACGGAAAGAUGACCCUUCCUUCUCUUCCCCUGGCUCUUUUAAACCCUUCAGAAGAUUCACGUAUGUUUAGUGCUAGGAAAUCAGAAUAUGUUUUUUAAAAAAGUGUAAAAGUCAUUCAACUCUUCAUGUUAUAGAAUCAUGUAUAACAAUUACAUCUUUAGUCCUUGGAUGCCCAGAGCACUUUACCUUGGAAGUACCAUCGCAGUUAGAAAACUGUUCCAUCAUGAAUGAUCUUUUUUGUAUAGUAUUUCAUUUCCAAAAACAAGCACACAAAUAAUUGUCUCAAGAGUGAGCCUCACUUGUUAUAGGUGAGAUGACAGAGGUUAAAACCCUUAGUGAUUUGUGUGGGUUGGUUAUGGAACCACCGGUUUUAUGAUGCCUAAUCUAGUCUUGUGCCUAACGGUUUAUUUCAGUCUUAAAAUUAAUGCUAACAUUAAUUGGUUCACAAGUGGCUUGACUGUUGAAGAAAAUACUGUGGUACUUUAAUGUGCAUCACUUACGUGGUAAACGUGAAGAAAGCCGUUGGCUCAGUCUCAUUUUUCUAGCGCAACUUUGAGCUGCGGGUUUUACUGUUGCAAAGAAUUUUGACAGGUCUACACUGUUAUCGUUAGAUGUUCGAAAACUGUAAGCAGUGGUUAGAUUCGUUGUUAGAAAGAGUCUAUCACUUAAACAUUGUUUAAAAUUCUAAUAAAGUAACUUUCUUCGUAACGA